CCGCCCUCUCACCCUCUCGGAAAAAGUGCCGUACUCUCAUCUGUCCGAUCCUUCCAACCAAGAAAUCGUCCGAGGUGAGUCCCACUACCUCAAGCUCCACCCAGACCGCGUUCAUUAGCUCUGGACUUCCCAGGGUCACCGUACCAUCAACCAUCCACUGUGACCAUCUUAUUCAAGCACAGGUGAAAGGGAAGUACACGACGGACCAUAUCUCUGCUGCAGGUCCCUGGCUCAAAUUCCGCGGCCAUCUUGACAACAUAUCCAAUAACAUGUUCCUGACAGCUAUCAACAGUGAGAACGAUGAUAUGAACAAUGUCCAGAACAAGAGCACAGGUGAAUGGGGUCCCGUACCUGCGACAGCUCGAGCUUACAAGGCCAGUGGGAUCAGCUGGUGUGUUAUUGGGGACGAUAACUACGGAGAGGGCAGUUCUAGGGAGCACGCCGCCUUGGAGCCCCGUCAUCUGGGCGGCCGAGCCAUCAUUGUGAAGUCCUUCGCUCGCAUCCACGAGACAAAUCUGAAGAAGCAGGGCAUGCUACCCCUAACCUUCGCCAGCCCAAGCGACUACGACAAAAUCAAUCCCAAUGACAAGAUUUCACUUCUGGGACUUGAGAGUUUCGCCCCCGGCAAGAUCAUUUUGGAGAACUACUCUUUCCCCGGGCACUGAUUCUCACACGCCCAACGGAGGUGGUCCUGGAGGCCUGUGCAUUGGUGUGGGUGGCGCUGAUGCUGUUGAUGUUAUGGCCGACAUUUCCUGGGAGCUGAAGUGCCCUAAGGUUUGUAAUGAAGAGUUUU